UUUCUCGAGAACAUUGUUGUUGUGCGUCACAUUUGUUGUCAGCCUCGUUUUCUCAUUCGCUGGGGCUGCGGGACUCCGCGUUACGUUCUUUCUCGAGUACAUGAACGUGCAUACUAGCACGGGUCUGCCCAAACUCAAGAAUCAAUCCAUUCACUUUUCUGCCUCUCCUUUGAACCGUCCAUCUCGUUUUAGGACACUAAGUUCUCAGUCCAAACCUGGAAUAAGAGCACGCCUUUCAUCUCUCCACUCCUUACGCCCAAGCCUUAACGUUCGGGUCUGUCUUCAUCGUGGUGAAACGCCAUCAUUACAACUGCUUUCAUCGCGUGUUGCCCGUCUUGUCAAACUUACUCGUGCUGAGCUCAAAUUGGACAAGAAGUCUCCUGCUAGAUUCCUAGAAUUAGCUCGUGCUCAACGUAGGCUGAAAAAUCGAGUUGCAAUGAUCACACGCCAACUAGCGCAUGUUAUGGAAGAGACAAAAGAAUCCUUUGCCAGGAUUCGACUUGAGUCUGUCUGUAGGAGUAAACUGAAUGCGGAAAACUCCCUACGAAGGCUUGCAAAAUUAAAAGCUGUUGCGGAGGCUGAGCAUGAACUGAAUUGCAAGAGACUCAGAGAGAGCUUACCUUAUUGCGUUCAGCGAACGCCGUGUUGAUCGCGGAAAACGAAAGAUUGACGGAAGAACUCGAGAAAACGCGAUCAUCUUUCUCUCACAAACCGCUUUUCCAUGUCCCAGAAUUGGCAUAUGGCCAGUCCGUCCUGCCAGAAUUUUGUGCAAGUCACUCCAGACAUCCUUCAACAAGCGAAUCGGAGCACUCGCUGACUCUCACGCCGCGAAAGGUAUGUUUUGCGCUUGUUGCGAAC